AUAAUAAUUUUUAGUCCAAUUCCGAUGAAAUUUAUAAUAAAGAAUCUUCUCUUGUUCAAAUUUACGCAGAUUUGUGAGAUGGGAUUGGGGAUUUGGGAGUUUAGCUUCUAUCCAGGACAAGAGAAUUAGACAAGAGUCAAGCUGGUGUAAAGGUGCGGGUGAGAUGCCAUGCGGGCAGCUAAAGGGUGAAAACUAGAAAAGCAACAAGACCCUCUUCUCCUUCACUUUCUCCUUACUCCCCACUCCCAACUCUUCCUUUAUUUUCCAUUAUGGCUCGAAAGUCCUCUCUUUUCAAACAUACCCUACUUGCCACCGUCUUCUUCCUCCUCGCCAUCUACGCCUUCUUCACCAUUUUCUUCCACGCCCCUCUCCCUACCUCCGAUCCUUCUUCCGAUGACGACAACGACGUCGGCAUUUCCUCCCGGGAAAAUCUUAAUUUCCCCCUUACACAGACCGAUGGCUCAUAUUUCCUCAACAAGGUUAAAGUUUAUAUGUAUGAUCUCCCUCACAAUUUCACCUACGGGGUCAUCCAACAGCAUGGCCUCGCUCGUGGCGGAUCCCCCGUUGCUGACGUUACCACCCUCAACUACCCGGGUCACCAGCACAUGCACGAGUGGUUCCUCUUCUCCGAUCUGGUCCGACCCCAAUCGGACCGCCUUGGAUCCCCUAUAAUUAAAGUCACUGACCCCGAGGAAGCUGACCUUUUCUACGUUCCCGUCUUUUCUUCAUUGAGCUUGAUUGUUAACGCGGGUCGGCCCCCGGGGUCGGGAUCGGGUUACAGCGAUGAGGAAAUGCAGGAACAGCUGGUGGAGUGGCUCACGGGGCAGGAGUAUUGGAAGAGGAAUAACGGGUGGGAUCACGUCAUAAUUGCGGGGGAUCCGAAUGCGCUUUAUCGGGUCGUGGACAGGGUCAAGACUGCUGUUUUGUUAGUUUCGGAUUUUGGGCGGUUGAGGCCGGAUCAAGGGUCAUUGGUAAAGGACGUGAUAAUCCCUUAUUCGCAUCGGAUCAGUGCUUACACGGGAGAUUUUGGGGUGCAACAGAGGAAAAUCUUGAUCUUUUUCAUGGGGAAUCGAUAUAGAAAAGAGGGAGGCAAAAUUCGUGAUUUGCUUUUCCAAAUACUUGAAAAGGAAGAGGAUGUUGUAAUAAAACAUGGAACACAAUCCAGAGAGAACCGAAGAGCAGCUUCACGUGGGAUGCACACAUCAAAGUUCUGUUUGAAUCCUGCAGGCGAUACUCCAUCAGCUUGCAGACUUUUUGAUUCUAUCGUUAGCUUGUGUGUCCCAGUGAUAGUCAGUGAUAGCAUUGAAUUGCCUUUUGAAGAUAUUAUAGACUACAAAAAGUUUGCAGUAUUUGUGGAAACUACAGCUGCACUAAAACCAGGAUAUCUUGUUUCAUUGCUAAGAAAAGUACCUGCAGAGAAAAUAAUUGAAUAUCAGAAAGCAAUGAAAGAGGUGAAACGCUACUACGACUAUACCGAUCCAAACGGAACAGUUAAUGAAAUAUGGAGGCAAGUCUCACAAAAGCUACCUCUUAUCAAACUUAUGGUUAAUCGUGACAAGCGGCUUGUCAGGAAGGAUUUGAGUGAACCGAAUUGCUCUUGUCUCUGUUCAAACCAGACAGGAAUAAUCAGUUCCUUAUGAUAACAUGUAUUUUUUGGCGAUCAUUGAACUGUUAAAUGGCUGUCCCUGAAUAUCAUCGAGAAGAUAAUCCAAUGGACCCUAGCAGGUUUGAGGAAUAAUUUAUGAUACUGACCCAUUUGCUUUUGGGGGUGAGUUUUUCUCCCACCGCGGAUGGUAGUGAAAUUUGCCUUCGCACAAGGCUUUCUUGCAUACGAUGUUGUAGAGUAGAUUGAGAUUUUGAUUAUAGCAGCAAUUGUAAUUGACUUGUAAAUGGUAGAAAUAAAAAAUAUCAGUGAUUCUUUUACUUC